AUGCGCUGUUCCAUCAGGCAGUGCUUCAAAACCUCUCUGGCCAUCAUAUUGCUGUGGUUCUUCAUCAUCCUGAAGGUGCCUGAGGAAAUUGAAGACGUCCAAAAUGUGGUGACUAUUCUUUGGGGAACUGGGCAUGCACAGUGGGAAGCAUGGCUGACAGUGGGGAUCACCUCAGUGUCACGACAGGGUCAAGGUGGCCUCUUGGAUACACUGGCCUCCCUGUACCACGCCUCCUCCAUAGCCGAGCAGAAACGGAUAACGGUGCUGGUUCACCUGGCAGAUUCCAACUCUUCCUGGCUCAGAAAAACUGUUCUCCAUAUUUCAAGCCUCUACAGCUCACAGAUCUUGGCAGGGCAAUUGCUGUUGAUCCAUGCCCCAUCCGAUGCCUACCUCACUGUGAAUCACGACCAGAAUGAGCUCCCUCAGGGGCAGAUGUACUCCAAGCAGAAUGUAGACCAUGCCUUCCUCAUGAGCUUUGCCACAAAGCUCUCUACUUACUUCCUGUUGAUAGAGGACGAUGUCUUUUGUGCCCCCAAUUUCGUCACCCACAUUCACUCAAAGGUGAUCAACAGGAAGCCCCACACAUGGGUGCUCCUGGAGUUCUCUAAUAUGGGCUUUCUUGGCAAACUUUUCCACAACAAGGACCUUCCUCUCCUGGCCCGUUUCCUCCUCCUCUUCCACAAGGAGCGACCACUAGACUGGCUGAUCCCUCACUUCCGUAUCCUCCUGGAUCAGCCAAACCCAAUCCUCUGCAGACCUUUCCUCUUCUACCACAGGUUAGCUCGCUUCACUUUGGAGAACAAGACCUUAACAGCCCAGGAGAAAAGUCCCCACGGUCCUGAUGUCCUUCCCGGAGCUGUGUUCACGGACAUGAGACACUCUGGUGUUCACUCCCCCCAAGAGGCCUACGCUCUGGAUGAGUCCUUCUUUUGGACCUACAAUGUCACUACAGGGAACUACUGGAUAGUGAUUUUGAACCAUCCAGUGAACCUGAACAGAGUGCAGAUAAGAACAGGCUCCAUCAUGGACGGAAAACACAUCCUCAAAAAAGGACAGGUAGAGCUAGGCUACCAGCCUGAAGGUGAGCCCCCCAACUGUACCCACUUUACCCUGCUGGGCCGUCUUGUGCAAGGGCAGAUGGAUCAGAUCGUUCUGAAAAACAUUGGGUACCAAGUGAGCUGCGUGAAGCUGAUGGUAAAUGCCAAUCAGGCCGGUGGUCUCAUGAUCAGGCAUGUCUACCUCUGGGAGGGCGAUGCCUUACACGGAGCAGCUGACCAGAGCUGA